UUUAACUUAGAGACGCAGUUGCCCUGCUGUCACAGUUACUCUUGGAUUCUACACAGUGCGGAUCUCUUCUUCACACUAUAAACAUGGAUCUGAAAGUGAUAGUAGUAUUCGCUCUGAUAACGGUCGCCCUUCAUGUCCCCGUUGCAGAUGCUAAGCCCAUCAGCCUGGUAGAGAGAUGCUGGUGCCGUUCCACAGUCAAUACAGUCCCACAGAGGAGCAUUCGUGAGCUCAAGUUCCUGCACACUCCCAACUGCCCGUUCCAAGUCAUUGCCAAACUGAAGAACAACAAGGAGGUGUGCAUUAACCCAGAGACCAAGUGGCUGCAGCAGUACCUAAAGAAUGCUUUGAACAAAAUGAAAAAAGGCCAACAACAGAGCUAAGAAUCUGCCAGAUGGAUUCUGACAGCCCACCGUCACAGAUAUGUACCAUAUAGUCCUCUGGCAUGCUUGCUGACUCAGCACUUAACCUGCCAUAUAUACUCCCCCAGUAAAGACUCAGCGAAAGACCACCAGAUCACUAUCGCCACCCAUAUAGUCUCCUCUGUUUGCGCCAAGUGCAAUUAUAUAUGUAUGACUGUGUUUUUAUACGUAUGAUAUGUAUAUAGAAUGUUUUUAUUUCUUUAUAUCCUUUCAAAACCAGUAAAAGAGAUAUUUUUGGAGUUGAGUUUGCUUGCUUGUCGCGCUAUGUUGGGGAAGGUUGUGCUGCGUGAGAUAAUGAGGUAAUUUGCGCAAACGUUGAAAACUCAGAAAGCUCCCUGUAGGUUAACCUUAGAUAUAAUGUAAAAACUCACAUGCCUAAAGUGUUUUUUGUUUUGUUUUGUUUGUUUGAUUGUUUUUACAAAAAUUAAGGGCAUUGAUCUUCAACUCCUUCAUGAUGUAUUUUACUCUCUCAUAAUUUAGAAAUCUAUAUCCGCGUAUGUUGCAUGUAAAAGUUAUAUGGCAUUAUUGAAAAAGAGUGAGACUUGUUUUUCUUCUUGGAAAGGCAGGACUUUGUCAAACAAACUAUUUAGACCUUACAUGAACCCAAACUGUUUUUAAUGACUUUGGGGAAUGUAAUUGGCUUUACUGGAAGGCGUUCACUGGGCAUUAGAGAGUUGAAUGCUUUUUGCUAUGUACUGUUGGCAUCAAAACAUCUGGGCUUGCAAAUGUUAAUCGACCGAUCAGUGUGUGCAUAAGAACUCUGCAUCAUAUUCAACUGGAUUAUGUAAUAAACGGAUAAAACAAAGACCGUUGUGCUCUAAAAUGAUCCAGUGAUAACAAAAUUAACCUGGGAAAAAUUUAUGAAAAUAGAAUUUACAGCCGAGUUCUACAAGUACAAAUAAGAAACCCAUUCAUUCAGUGACAACAGCUCAAUUUAAAAGCAUUAGGCAUGACAAUAUUUCAAAAAAUGAGUAGUAUUAGUGGAACAUAUAAGAUAGAACUUGGGACACAACUAAUUGACUUUAUGACUACCUCUAUACAACAAUGCACUUUAUAACCACUUUAUAAAAAGAACAGGUUUUGCAUUACGUCCACUAGUAAAUAGUUUUAGUGCCUAAUGUUUUCUAUGUUUAGAAGUAGUUAUGAUUGUAUUGCCAAAUGUAUUAAACAUUUGUAUCUUAAGCAUGAGAUUUUUUAUUUGGAGUAGCCUUAUCAUCAAAUCUAUAUUUUUUAUGGAUUAUUUGAUUAUUUUUAAGAAUAGUCAGAUUAUGCAUAAAGGUUAAACAACAACUGAGUAACUAACAUAAUCUUCCCAGUUUGUGAUAUAUAAUUACUUUAUACUCAGAGAAACAAAUAAAUAAAUGACAAAAAUUAUUACAAAAUCAUGCUGAUUUUUACAGAGAUCUGACCUUAAAAAUAGAGGCACAACAACUAUAUUGGCGAAGACUUUUCAAACCAACCACAAUGAAAAACAAAUAAUUUUAAGCACCUUAGUAUAUCUAUGAUUUCCCUUGGACUACUGUUUUGUCUAGGUAUUCUCCAACUGUUCCACCAGAGCCAAAAAAAUAACAAAGCAUGCCAAUGCCAUGUUCCUCUCAAAUAAAUUAGCGUAUGGAAUUUGUCUGUUACACUUCUAGCAAUUUGGUCACAUCUACCAAUUUAAUGUUGAGCCAUUAAAAGCACCAGGCCUCAUUUACAAACAGCCCACGGGCACACAAUAUAUAGGAAAAAAUAAUGCUUGCUUUAUGCUACAACUGGAGUCUGUGGACUGAAUGAGAGGUUUAGGCCUCUCCAUCAGUACAGCUAAAUUAAAAGUUACAACAAUCUGAUAAAUUAAAUCUCUCAAAAAUAUCAGCAGACAUCAUGUCUUGGAAACGCUCAUUACAAAUUCAUCGUGCACUCGUUUCAAAGGAGCCAUUUCAGAAUGUGGUUAAAAGUCAUUUUCUAUUAAUGAAUCGAACAGAAUAUUGAAUUGUGGGGUAAUCUCUGUCUUUGAUGUCAAAAUGCAUAUUCACAUUUCCUAUUUUCACAUAUUAAUAAAAAUGAUAACAAAUCAAUUUGUUAUUUGACAGUGAACUUAACUCUCGUUUUGAGCUUAGAGGCAAUUUAGAGCUGUGAUGACUGCAAUGGGUUGGACUGUUUUACCAUUUUGAUCAAAAUUCAGUAAUAAAUACUGUCAAUAACAAAACAUUUCACUCUCAAAUACAGAACAGAGCAAAUCCCUAACUUCCCAGUGUGGUGAUGUCACAAACAUUUGGCAAAAGUGAGGGAUCUAUGUUAUAGACUUUUUUUAGUUAUGCCAUUAAAUUACCAGUAUUUUGGAUACUGCAACAAAGUUGACUAUUUGUAGCAUAUACUGUCCUUAUACACAUUUUUCCACUUAAUGUGAAGAGUAUUUCUUUUGGAUAUGGCAGCUUACUACAGCAUAAAGCACAUAUGUUGUUCUUUCUUUUCUGAAUCUGUACAUUGGUUUGAUUAAGACCCUAAAAUGUAUAUUUUUUAAUAAAUCAUUAUGAUGAAAUCUUUAUGAAA